AUGUUUUAUGCACAUUUUGUACUCAGUAAAAAAGGCCCUUUAGCACGUAUAUGGUUAGCAGCUCAUUGGGAUAAAAAGCUCACCAGAGCACAUGUUUUUGAGACCAAUAUUAGUUCUAGUGUUGAAGCUAUUUUAGAGCCAAAGUUAAAAAUGGCUCUGAGAACUUCUGGACACUUGUUAUUGGGUGUAGUGAGAAUUUAUUCUCGUAAAGCUAAAUACUUACUGGCGGACUGCAAUGAAGCUUUUGUUAAAAUCAAGAUGGCAUUUCGACCUGGUGUUGUUGAUUUACCUGAUGAAGCGAAUCGUGAAGCUGCGAUAGCAGCCAUUACUCUACGGAAAACAUUCAUGAUUUUGAAGCUACAAUAG